GCAAAAUCCAACGGCCACAACAUUGGUCACGAAAAAACGCAGCAGCGUCACCGUGAACGAAAAUUCUAUACACCGCGAAUGAGAUCAUCGAAAUGUUGAAAAGAAUGAAAACUUGCGCAAGAGGAAAAAGAAGAAGCGUGCGAAUUUCAAAUUGAGAAAGAAGAAUCAGAAUAAUAAUAUAUCAAAAAUUGAAAAUUAGAAGAGAAAAAAAAGUUGCAGAUAUAUUUCAAUGGUGCUGUGGGAGAUAACACUUGGAACUGCGUAUUUUUUAGGUUUGAAACGAACCUAUAAGCUUGCUUUAAGGAUUCAGCGAAAAGUUAUUAGUCCUAAGUACCCUAAGAUCCGUCAAUUUCUUCACAGACGAACCCGUGUUGUGUUUGAUAUAGCAAUCAAGGUCCAUCGGAACAUUCAAGAAAGAGAUAUAGAAGUGGGUAGGAAUGUUGGGAAUUUCAUUUUGCGAUGCCUAGAUCGAAUGAAGCCCUCAGCUCAAAUUCGGGGUCAUUCUAAUCCGCCCAUCAGUGGUGGUAGCUCAAAAGAGAGCAUGACAAAGCAUACAACCGGCACUUCCAACCACAAACAUCCCAAUGAUUCUGGGUUAUUCAAGAGGGACUCUGAUAGGAACUUGUUUACCUCAUUGAAGCCAAAGCCUUUUCCUAGCAUUUCAAGGAUGAUGAGACCACCAAAUCCUGCUGGGACUACCAUCCAUGGCAGGAACCUCAGUACCUAUGCCCCUGAGGUCUUUAGACAAAACUACAGAGUGAAUUGGCAAGAGAGUGUUCUCAGGAAGGACAUCAUGCAAUGGAUGCUGCAAAACUAACUGUUCAAUGUUUAUCACUUUAUUGGUGGCUUCGUUUGUUUAUAAAGUUUUUGAUCUUGUCAGGAUAUAGUGGUGAUGGUUGAGUAAUGGUUGUGGUUGAUGUUGGAAAUUCAUGGUGAUAGAAGUUUUGCUAUCGUUUCUUUGCACAUUGAAUACCUGUCAAACUUCAGUUUGGAUAAUAUGGGUGGUUAUGCUCUCUUUGUUUUCAUUUUUUGGUUAAAGAAACUAGUUGUUAAAUAACCUCAUAUAGCAGUUAAUCUACCUGCAUCUAGAUUAAUAAUAGUGAAGAUUGUGCAUUUUUGUUUUGUUUCUCUUUCAAUUAUUUUAUAGUUCACACCUGUCUGUGUUUAUGCAACUUACAGUCUGAACAUGUUUGUAUGAUAUCCAUGUUUGGUGGUGUUUGCAAUUGGACAUUACCAUUUUUAUCCAUUUCAACGUUCCUUUUUUAUAA